ACCUCUGUUUAGUGUGUGUUUUUGUGCUCUACACAUGUUCCUGGGAGACUGAGCGGGUUCUCUUGUCUCGGGAUGCAGACCUGUGUGUGCAGACCUGAGUUUGCCUAUGAAAGGAGCAGGGACAGACUGGCUCUGAGGCAAAUGCAGUCUUGAAGCAGGCACGGAAAUGUAGUGUGGCUUUCACUGUUCUAUUCUGGAACCUAGUGGGUUAACAGGCAGUUCUUCCGGUCGCCACCCCCCCCCCCAGCCUGUAGCUUCUUGUUGCCAUGGAGAUGGUGGCCCCGCCCCUGAUGCAGCACCGGCCCCCCCAUUGGCUGCAGUGGUGACUGUGGGGCUGAGGAGGGAGCCCAGGCCUGGGCAGCCAUUCUGGAGCUGGAGCCGGAGCCUGGCAUCCCCCCACUUUCAUUCUCCUUCAGCCCCUAUCCCCUCCAAAUUCCCUAGCAGCAAACCUUCAGCUCCCUUCCACUAGACUCUUGGCAGGCUGAGCUUCAUCCGCAUUCGCCUCCCCUCCUCCUCACCAGCCUUUACUGGGGAGUCCCCAGAACCCCACUGCCCAUCCUCCCCACUCCCUUGCCUUCUCCUUUUCAACCCUUCACUAGCACUGCAGUGCACGUGGAACCGGCUCCUUCGCCCCUGCUUCCAUCUGCCCCUUCCUCGGAUUUUCUGUUCCCCUCUUCGCAGCAUAGGUCUCUUCUGAGACCCCCCCCUCUAGUCCUGGGAGGGGGUCAUGGGAGGCAGCCCUGGACCUCCAGAUAGACAGGGGCUUGGGGAGGUGGGGGGCAGGUGGAGGAUGUGCCCAGCUGAGAAAAGAGGAAAGCCCAUCCAUGGGCAAUGACCUUUAACCCAUCUCCCCCGCAAGCAAGCCCCUUCUUUCUCUCGGGUGGGAGCUGGGGCACCGAACCUAACUGGAUCGUGGGUAUUCUUCAUUACGGAGGUUUUACUGACCCUCCUCCUGACUAUGCCCCUCUGCUGACUGUCAGCCCCAGUCAUGGGCUUAAGGCCUCCCACCCCGACCCCAUCAGGGGGCUCCGGCUCAGGUUCCUUGCCCCCUCCUUCCCACCGCCAGCCUCUCCGCCGCCGCUGCUCUUCUUGCUGCUUUCCGGGGGAAUACCACUUGGGUCGCUCGAGGAGGAAGAGUGUCCCAGGGGGGAAGCAGUACAGCAUGGAGGCCGCCCCCGCAGCGCCCUUCCGGCCCUCGCAAGGCUUCCUGAGCCGGAGGCUAAAAAGCUCUAUCAAACGUACAAAGUCACAACCCAAACUUGACCGGACCAGCAGCUUUCGCCAGAUCCUGCCUCGCUUCCGAAGUGCUGACCAUGACCGGGCCCGGCUGAUGCAAAGCUUUAAGGAGUCCCACUCCCAUGAGUCCUUGCUGAGUCCUAGCAGUGCUGCUGAGGCCUUGGAGCUCAACUUAGAUGAAGACUCCAUCAUCAAGCCGGUGCACAGCUCCAUCCUGGGCCAGGAGUUCUGCUUUGAGGUAACAACAUCGUCUGGAACAAAGUGCUUUGCCUGUCGGUCUGCAGCCGAAAGGGACAAAUGGAUCGAGAAUCUACAGCGGGCAGUAAAACCCAACAAGGACAACAGCCGCCGGGUAGAUAACGUGUUGAAACUAUGGAUCAUAGAAGCUCGAGAGCUGCCCCCCAAGAAGCGGUAUUACUGCGAGCUGUGCCUGGACGACAUGCUGUAUGCACGCACCACCUCCAAGCCCCGUUCAGCUUCAGGAGACACUGUCUUCUGGGGCGAGCAUUUUGAGUUUAACAACCUGCCGGCUGUCCGGGCCCUGCGGCUGCAUCUAUACCGUGACUCAGACAAAAAACGAAAGAAAGACAAGGCGGGCUAUGUUGGCCUGGUGACUGUACCGGUGGCUACCCUGGCUGGGCGACACUUUACAGAGCAGUGGUACCCUGUGACCUUGCCAACAGGCAGUGGGGGCUCUGGGGGUAUGGGCUCGGGAGGAGGAGGGGGGUCAGGGGGUGGCUCGGGGGGCAAGGGGAAAGGAGGCUGCCCUGCUGUAAGGCUGAAAGCCCGCUACCAGACAAUGAGCAUCCUGCCCAUGGAGCUGUACAAGGAGUUUGCAGAGUAUGUGACCAACCACUACCGGAUGUUGUGUGCAGUCCUGGAGCCUGCCCUGAAUGUCAAGGGCAAGGAGGAGGUUGCCAGUGCACUGGUUCACAUACUGCAGAGUACAGGCAAGGCCAAGGACUUCCUUUCAGACAUGGCCAUGUCAGAGGUAGACCGGUUCAUGGAACGGGAACACCUCAUAUUCCGCGAGAACACGCUCGCCACUAAAGCCAUAGAAGAGUAUAUGAGACUGAUUGGUCAGAAAUACCUCAAGGAUGCCAUUGGGGAGUUCAUCCGUGCCCUGUACGAGUCUGAGGAAAACUGUGAAGUGGACCCCAUCAAGUGCACGGCAUCCAGUCUGGCAGAGCACCAGGCCAACCUGCGGAUGUGCUGUGAGUUGGCCCUGUGCAAGGUGGUCAACUCCCAUUGCGUGUUCCCGAGGGAGCUGAAGGAGGUGUUUGCAUCUUGGCGGUUGCGUUGUGCAGAGCGGGGCCGGGAGGACAUUGCUGACAGGCUGAUCAGCGCCUCGCUCUUCCUGCGCUUCCUCUGCCCAGCCAUCAUGUCGCCCAGUCUGUUUGGGCUUAUGCAGGAGUACCCAGAUGAGCAGACCUCACGAACCCUCACCCUCAUCGCCAAGGUCAUCCAGAACCUGGCCAACUUUUCCAAGUUUACCUCAAAGGAGGACUUCCUAGGCUUCAUGAACGAGUUUUUGGAACUGGAGUGGGGCUCCAUGCAGCAGUUCUUGUACGAGAUAUCCAACCUGGACACACUGACCAACAGCAGCAGUUUUGAGGGCUACAUAGACUUGGGCCGCGAGCUCUCCACACUUCAUGCCCUGCUCUGGGAGGUGCUGCCCCAACUCAGCAAGGAAGCCCUCCUGAAGCUGGGCCCACUGCCCCGGCUCCUCAAUGACAUCAGCACAGCCCUGAGGAACCCUAACAUCCAAAGGCAGCCGAGCCGCCAGAGUGAACGGACUCGGCCUCAGCCCGUGGUGCUGCGAGGGCCAUCAGCCGAGAUGCAGGGCUACAUGAUGCGGGACCUCAAUAGCUCCAUCGACCUUCAGUCCUUCAUGGCUCGAGGCCUCAACAGCUCUAUGGACAUGGCUCGCCUCCCCUCCCCAACCAAGGAAAAGCCACCACCACCCCCACCCGGUGGGGGUAAAGACCUGUUCUAUGUGAGCCGGCCACCACUGGCCCGGUCAUCCCCAGCAUAUUGCACAAGCAGCUCGGACAUCACAGAGCCAGAGCAGAAGAUGCUGAGUGUCAACAAGAGCGUAUCCAUGCUGGACCUUCAGGGUGAUGGGCCUGGGGGCCGUCUUAACAGUAGUAGUGUUUCCAACCUGGCAGCUGUUGGGGACCUGCUGCACUCAAGCCAGGCCUCACUGACAGCAGCCUUAGGGCUGCGCCCUGCACCUGCCGGGCGCCUCUCCCAAGGGAGUGGCUCUUCCAUCACAGCAGCCGGCAUGCGCCUUAGCCAGAUGGGUGUCACCACGGAUGGUGUCCCUGCCCAGCAACUGCGUAUUCCCCUCUCCUUCCAGAACCCUCUCUUCCACAUGGCUGCUGAUGGGCCAGGGCCCCCCGGGGGGCACGGAGGGGGCAGUGGUCAUGGUCCACCCUCCUCACAUCACCACCACCACCACCACCACCACCAUCGAGGUGGAGAGCCCCCAGGAGACACCUUUGCCCCAUUCCAUGGCUAUAGCAAGAGCGAGGACCUCUCUUCAGGGGUCCCUAAGCCCCCUGCUGCCUCCAUCCUUCACAGCCACAGUUACAGUGAUGAGUUUGGACCCUCUGGUACUGACUUCACCCGUCGGCAGCUCUCACUUCAGGACAACCUUCAGCACAUGCUGUCCCCUCCCCAGAUCACCAUCGGUCCCCAGAGGCCAGCUCCCUCAGGGCCCGGAGGUGGGAGUGGUGGGGGCAGUGGUGGGGGUGGUGGGGGCCAGCCGCCUCCCUUGCAGAGGGGCAAGUCUCAGCAGCUGACAGUGAGCGCUGCCCAGAAACCCCGGCCAUCCAGCGGGAACCUACUGCAGUCCCCGGAGCCAAGUUAUGGUCCUGCCCGUCCACGGCAACAGAGCCUCAGCAAAGAGGGCAGCAUUGGGGGCAGCGGGGGCAGCGGUGGCGGAGGGGGUGGGGGGCUCAAGCCCUCCAUCACGAAGCAGCAUUCCCAGACUCCAUCCACGCUGAACCCCACAAUGCCGGCUUCAGAGCGGACGGUCGCCUGGGUCUCCAAUAUGCCCCACCUGUCAGCCGACAUCGAGAGUGCACACAUCGAGCGGGAAGAGUACAAGCUCAAGGAGUACUCGAAAUCAAUGGAUGAGAGCCGCCUGGACAGGGUGAAGGAGUACGAGGAAGAGAUCCACUCACUGAAGGAGAGGCUACACAUGUCCAACCGGAAGCUGGAGGAGUAUGAGCGGAGGCUGCUGUCGCAGGAAGAACAGACAAGCAAGAUCCUGAUGCAGUAUCAAGCCCGCCUGGAGCAGAGUGAGAAGCGCCUGAGGCAACAGCAGGUGGAAAAGGACUCACAGAUCAAGAGCAUCAUUGGCAGGCUGAUGCUGGUGGAGGAGGAGCUGCGUCGGGACCACCCCGCCAUGGCUGAGCCGCUGCCCGAACCCAAGAAGAGGCUGCUCGACGCUCAGGAGAGGCAGCUUCCCCCCUUGGGUCCAACAAACCCGCGUGUGACGCUGGCCCCACCUUGGAACGGUCUGGCCCCCCCAGCCCCACCACCCCCACCCCGGCUGCAGAUCACAGAGAACGGCGAGUUCCGAAACACCGCAGACCACUAGCCCACCCAGCAUCACAGACCUCCUUCCUUGUGCACCCCACCCCGGAACAUCACCAACCACCAGGACUGGACGUCACCGAGGGACAGCAGGAAUGCCUCCCUUAAUGCCUCCUUGAGGCACCCAUCCGCCACCUCCACUGCACCAUUUCUAGGAGGGAGAGUGGGACCCUUAGCUGCCCUCUUUCACCCCCAGGGACCUUCACCCCAGGACACCGCCUACCCCACCAACCCCUUCACUCCGGGGUGCUAUCCCCACCCUCUGCCUCAUAGUUCCCCUGAGCACUGGGGGACAGACCCUCACCCCCACACUGGGGGUGUGGCACCUCCAAACUUUCAACUUCAGGGUGAUUUUUUUAGCAGUAACCAGAGCUGACAAUCUAACUCCCCUCCACCACCCCAUUUUGGCCUCCCCUGUCCCCCUUGUAAUGGGGAGGGGACCCCAGGUGAGGGGGCCCUAUUACCCCUUGAUUUCUCAGGAGCGUCUGGGGGGGCUCAGCACGCACAAACUCCUUCUCCUCUUUCCACUCUUACAUUUACUCUCCCCACCCAGAACCCAGAUGGGGUGGAGGGGGCCACCGGGGCAGGGAGGGGGCGGCAAGGGGGGAAUGGGAGUUGCCUCCCCUUCUUCCCACACCUGAUCUGCUCUUGGCUGGUCCCAGAGCGGGGUGAGGGGGCUUAUGCCCUCCCCUCCCCCAGUGUGUUGGGUGGGGUGGAACUGAGGUUCGGAUGAAGGGUUAGGGUUUAGGGGCCUGUGUGUUGGGUUGUGGAGGACAGACCAGCUGAUCUGCCCUACCCUGACACACAGCCAGCCCCUACCCUUUCCCUCUUUGUCUCUACUCCCAUGGGGAGGGGGGAAUUUACUCUAGGAAAAGCCAUGUCUCUCUCCCCCAGGGUGGGGGACCUGUGUUGGAGGAUGGGUGUUUGGGGGCCCCCUUCCAUGACUCUGUCCCCUGGGGAGGUAGGACAGGGCUGGGUUUCCCUCUCACCCUCCCCCCUCACCCAGUCUCCCUCCCUCCCGCCAGCUCCACGAUUUUUCGGUGUUUCUCUGUACAUAGCUCUCUGGCGGGAUAGGGGAGGUAGGAUGGAUGGGGUUUGGGGUGGGUAGGCCAUGGAAGGGGAGAAAUCCCUGCUGGGUACCCCCCUCUUCUCUGACUGCUGACCCCUGCCCAGACUUGUCUCCUCACUCCUUCUUGCGUUUGGUAUUGAGAAUUCCUCCCAGACUCCAGACUCAACCUUUUGUAUGGACAGCUCUCCUUCAGUCUUACCCUCUACACAUCCACCCAGCCGGGGCCAAAUUUAUACUUAUAUAAAAGUUGUAAAUAUGUGAAAUUUUAUCCCGCACCCUUUCCUCUGCUUACCCCACUUCAGGCCCUACCCUCUUACCUCCUUCCUUCUCUUUGGCUGUUGUAAUUAUCUGGGGUUUGUACUGUACAUAACCGGGGUGGGGACUGGGAGGCUACCCCUCUGUACAGAGCUUCCUGGCUCCCUAGCCCGCCCCUCACUUCUCUCCCCACCCACCACCUUAAGAGUAGGGAGCCGCUCUUCUUACUCGUUUUUUUGUUUGUUUACUCGUUCUCCUUACCUCCCCUACUCCCCCUUUUCUCCCUGCCACACCCCCCUUUUCUCCCACUCCCAUUUCCUUUUUUUCUGGAGUGUGUGGUGAAACAGAAAAAUCAUGUUUAAUAAACGGAGAUUGUUCUUUUA